AUGAUUAUAAUUGCUGUAGAUAAUUUACCUUGUAGGAUGCAUUUAAAUUAUUUAUAUAAAAUAGAAGGAAAGGGACUUCUUAUAGAUUGUGGGGUUAGUAAAAAUAUGUGCCACGUAUUUAAAAUGGAUAGAAAUUCAUUUUGUCUCUAUUGUAUGAAAGAAAUGUAUGAAACAGAGACAGGUGAAGGAGUUUCUUGUUCUAAACAAGCUGAAAUAGAAAUAUAUAUUCGUCCUUCCGUUUGUUAUAUAAAUUCUAUUUGUGCUUCACUCGUCAUGUUAAUUAUUACAGAUUCCUUAAAUAAUUAUUACGUUUACAACGGUACGGAAGGAAUAUUUUUAUCAAAAAUGAGAAUUGAGAAAGAUGUUUUUUGUAUUUUAUGCAGUAAAAAUUUUAUUUAUUAA